CUGCAGGUGUCAAUAUGGCAGACGACAUGGGUAGACCUAAGUGACACAGUAUUUGAAACUCCUUUGUAUGCUACAAUGGAUGGACUGGUUGGUGUCUUGGAGGAUUGGCUGGGAGAUUGUGAUGGUGUCACUGACUGCAGACAAAUAUAUGAGUGUUUACAAAGUGAUCAAGAGAGGCUAAUCCAUGCUAUAUACACUCUUUUUGAUGAAAGAUCAAGGUGCCCAGAUCUGUUUGAAAGCACGGUGAAACAGCUGUUUGCCCUGGCACGCAGUAAAGAUGAACGGCUACGGGAAUUUGUGCUCUUGUUUGCUCCGAGUCUCCUCUACAUAUACUUGUCAUCCAUCAGCUUUGGCGAUAAAAAGGGUGUUGGAAGUGUUGAAGUUGCUCUCCUGACCUUGCACAAUAUGGAGGUGUUGGAUGAGCAGGGACAGCCAAGGAUUGCUCCAUUCCGCCUUCCUACCCUCGCACGACAGUCAGUCUUUCAUGAGCCUACUAGUUUAGCUCCAGCUUCUUACACUGCGGAUUCCCUGCAAAGAUUAGAAGCUGGAGAUGCAGAUACAGUACGAUGGGGCCCACCAACUCAGAUGACAUCGGUUACUGCAGCAACGAGGCAUAACUUGGCCACUGCCAUCAUGGUUGCCUUUAAUGCUCGACUAGCAACUUUACCCAAGAUUGCACUCAUGCACCUCUGCAAAGCUGUGUCCAAAAUGCUAUGUCAGGGAUUUAACCGGCCUGGGCAUCAUCAUCGAUCAUCUUAUGGUAGUGAAAGCAGUUUUGGCCUUUAUCCAAGGCCUACACCUAGGAUACCUGUUACCUCAGAGCUUCUUAAAGAACUCCUACAUGCUGUAUACUUUGCCAUGCCAGCUGAACGAAGCCUGCAUGACCUGCCCCCACUUAUGUCUAUAAGCAUGCCUCUUGCACACUUCCAUUACUCAAGCCACAAUGCCGCCAAAGGAGAAGGGACCCAGUGCCCUGCUAUGAUGCCGAAUUGUGCUGGACAGUGUUACCAUAGUCCCCAUGUCAAACUGCGCAGGUUCAAUGAAUUUGCCAGCCUUGGAAUACAAGCACUUGAGGACAUCCACAUGAGAGCCCAAUAUGAACUUUUUGGUGAUGUCUUACUAAUGACAAAUGCUAUAAAGAACUCUCUUAAGGUUAACCCUAGUGGUCAACCCAGUGAUGGGCCAAUGGGCAUUAGUGUUGCCCUAACUCCAUCUACUACCACCACUCCGCUUUCUAAAACUUUCAUCACAAAUGCCUCUUUCAGAACGAAAAAACUGCCAGACGAUAUUCCUAUCCAGAACACAGAAGAAGGGAAGCCACUCACAUCAAUCACUGAAGAGGGGGAUGCUGAUGAUAAAAGUACGAGCAAACCCAUUCGAACUCCUCAGGGCUCGGGUAGAGAAAAGGAGAGUAAAGAUAAAGAGAGCAGAGAUAAAGACAAGGAGAAAGAAAAAGAGGGAAAGGAAAAAACUAAGUUUGUCUCUCCCAACAUUCCAAUUCCUAAUUUGGGUAAGAGAAGAGAUAAGGAAAAAACAAGAAAUGGAGAUAAAAGAGAUAGUGAAAAGAGGAGUGAGAAGAAAGAGAAACACAAACAUGACAGAGAGAAAGAUAAGGACAAGGAGAACCGCAACGGGACUAACAGUAACCGUAACAGUGCCAUCAUGAACAGCGACUCAGACGGUGGAGGUAAUGACGUCACCAUCAUCACAAGCCAGCAACAACAGUCUCAGCAACAGCAAUUUGAAAUGAAAGUUAUUCUCAAUAAAUCCCCCAGGCACUUUGAGACAAGCAAUGCCACAUCAGAAGACCCCACUGCUGCAGGUAGUGAUGGAGAUGAAGGUAAGGCUGAUGUUGAAGUUCUUGAUCAUGUUGGGCAUCAAACCAAGAGUCCACUUGAAUCAAAUGGGGCACAGAAUCAUAUUGCCAAAGUUGUCUGAAGUAAUAAAUUAUUAAAAUCACUUAUAAUAUUUGGUGAAAACAAAAAAAAUUAUCAGAAAGUUGCAUUUACCACUCCGAUACAAUUUUGUUAGGUCACUUUUUUGUAAUAUCUUGUUCCAAGGAAUACAAUAUCCUUUACAUUAUCAGUCAUAGAGGAGAGCAGAUCAUGGUUUUUUAUACUCUGUGGUGCUAAAGAAUUUUACAUUAUUUUUUGAGAAUGCAACAUCUAGUGAAUGAAUGUGUUAUGAUUUUUAAUGUCGUAAUAGCCUUAGUAAGCUGCAAGAUUUUCUUAGUUUUUUGUGAAAGUGACAUUUGAAUAUGUUGAUUGCUUAUACAUAUACAAAUAACAUCUUAAAUAUGGGUAAAUGGGAAAUCUUUGCAAAUUUUCUUUCUAAUAGAUUCUGUUAUGUAUUUUGUGGCCUGCAAGUCAUUACUUAAGUGGCUGGUGAGAUAUACCUUCCAAGACCUCCUCUUGGUAGAGGCUGCCUUUUAUAGGGAGCUGACUGUGUUAUGAGGAUCAGUGAAAGAUUGCAUAAGCAACCACACCAAGUGAACCAGUGGUCAACUUUACCCUGUUUUAACUGUGCUUUAACCCUUAAGCCCCAGGUUAGGGUGCCGUUGGCAGUACCCCUACUCGGGGGUAAAUUGAGAAAAAUAAUUUUUUCCAGAAAUAAUUUUUAACCUUUUUAAAUGAUAAAACAAUAAAAAAUGAAUUAGAAAAACUAUAUAUUGACCCUCUAGAAACUUCUCUGGCAGCGCGGAGGGAGGGAGAUAAGUGGACAGCUUGUGAUGGUGAACGCUCGUGGUCCCUACGCAUUUAGCAGCUAUUUUUAGCUUGCCUUUGUGUCCAAAAUGGCCAGUAAUGCAUAUAUUUACUGAUCAUAAUACUUAUUUGCUAUAAAUAAUUUAUCUAGAAUAUUUUAUUUGCAUUUUUUUAAUAAAAAGUGCUUGGCAACACACUCGCAGUUGGUCACCAGGCUGUCUGUGUUUGGUAGAGCAAGUAAUACUUGAAUAAUAAUAAUUCCACAGAUAAAUACAUUUAUAACAUAAUCAUAGCAUUAUUUUCCAGUAUUACUACACUACAAUACAAUUACUGUACACUACUUUUAGUAAUAUUGCUUUGAUACAACAUGAUAAAAUGGACAAAAAAUGAAAUUGGAACAAACAAAAGUAGAUAAUUACGUUCAGGAAGCUUCCCUGUGGCCGAGCAUGUAGCGUGACAGGCAAAUAGUCACACUGGAACCUGAUAACUCAUGCUGGGGAUUUAAACAGUGGCGGGAAAAGGCACGCAUUCUGGAACGUCACCCUGGGCGCGCUAAUCUGGCGUUCUCAUGACAUUUUAAUUUGUCCUUCCAUUUCCUAGCUUUGAACAUUCACAUAUUGUUUUAUGACCAAGAGGAAGAAUCAUGUGACUUGGAAACCCUCUUUUCUGCCUUGGUGGGUUGCAUUAAUUAUCAGAGGGAAAGAUGUAAGGUUAAGAUAGUUGGGUAGUCCAAUCUUGGAUUAUUGCAAGAAUAUUACACCAUUGACCAUUUGACACACUUAUCAAUGCACAACUGGAUCAAUGGUGCAAAAUCUUUGUAAUAUUCCAAGAUUGGACUACCCAGCCAUCUUAACCUUAUAUUUUUCUAACUCCUGAUUCAGCUCACAAUUUGUUCAGGCAACUUUUUACUGAUCCAUGUAGGAAUGUUCCCUGCCUCAGAAUGUAGUCAGCCCUGAUUGAGAGGCUGUGCUAGGGGAGGAUUUGGGGAAGGUGACCAAACAAUAAGUCUCUUGACUGGGAUUUCCAAAUUUGGUAAAUUGUUUUCUUAAGAAGAUUCAUUGAACUCUGAAGUCAUCUUGAUCUUUUAGUAAUCUUGGAGAUUGUGUUGGAGAAAAACAUCAUCUUACACCAGUCAUAUUACACACACUCAAAUGUAAUUUUCUGUGAAAGUGUAUAUAAGCUGUGAACAGACCAUAGAUCUACCUUUGUUUUCAAGCUCUCAUAUAUGUUCACUGGCCUGUAUUUAUACUGUACUCUUAAAGACUGGCCAGUAUCCAGAAUUUUACCAGAGUGUGUCCAAUAAGAGAGACAGUUUAAAAUUUAGGUGUCAAAGUCAGACAGAGCUGACAGAGUCACAACAGUAAACCACUUUUAAUUCAUGAUUUAUUAUGACAAUUUGUAUCAAACCAACAAAUGAAUGUACAGGGUAAUACAUUUUUAUUCAUUGCACAGAUCUUACCACAUCAAUGCUUUUCAGUGCCAAAAGUACAGUACCUUAUGUUUGCUUUUUGUAGCUUGGCCAGAUUAUCUUAGCUUUGCAAAAUUCUGUCCAAGUACAGGAAAUUUAUUUAUAGUAAAUAAUGUACAGUACACAGUGGUGUAUGAAUUGUGUUAGAGUAUG